UACUACCGUCGUUAAGAUGGCGAUACAAGUCGCUGCUAUUGGGGAAGGAAAUCUGCUACUCUCCUGCGUUAAGGAUCUGCAAACACCUGAUUUCAACGUAGCCGCUGUGUUCACAGACUCCAAGCAUGUGGCUGCAUACUGUGAGGGUAAACACAUUCCAGUAUAUCCGAGACGAGCCUCAAUCACUGAACUGGUCGGCGUGUGUCACCUGGACUAUCUCUUCAGCAUCAGCAAUCCACGAAUCCUGAAGGAAAAAGAGAUCCGUCUUCCGCGGCGCCUUGCCAUCAACUACCAUGACUCUCCUCUGCCUGCCUACUCUGGUGUCAACGCCACCUGUUGGGCAAUUAUGCAAGGGGAGAAGACCCAUGGCAUAAGUUGGCAUGUCAUUGAGACCGAGAUUGACACAGGGCACAUCAUACGAUCCGAAACAGUAGAAAUUGAUGAUGAAGACACAGCCUUUACUCUCAAUCUAAAAUGUCAGGAAGCUUCAAAGAUAGCAUUCAGGUGUCUCCUACAGGAUGUCCUUAAGAGUGACAUUACAAGUGUUCCUCAGGACUUGUCCAAAAGAUCCUACUAUGGAUUGAACAAACUGCUACCAAACUUAGGUGUGCUCUCCUUCAACUCACCCUGUGAUACCCUUUACAAUUUUGUAAGGUCUGUGGGGUUUGGACAUCAUGAAAACCAGUUAGGAUCAGCAAAAGUUAGAACUGCAAAUGGGGUGUUCCUUUUGGUCAAAUCUGCAGAACGAUCUUACAAAGGACCCCAUUCAGCAUUGCCUGGUACAAUACUGGACGUUUUAGAUGACACAAUAGUGGUUGUUACUGCUACUUCCCAAAUUCAUCUUUGCCUUGCCAACUUGAAUGGUAGUCCUAUCCCUGAAACACAGUUCAAACACAUUGGGCUGGCCACGGGGCUUGUCCUUCAGAACGACCUUACCAUUGCUCCAAAUGACCACCUUGUGGACAUAAGAAAGAAGGAAAGAUUUUGGAAGAAAAUACUGAAAGCUUAUGAACCUCUGACUUUCUUCCGCCAAAAGAUGAAUGUCCUCGCAAAUAUCAUUGACAUCUCUUCCAGAAUAAACCUUCAAAGGACAAGGAUAUGUGAAAUUGAUAUUGACACAGACUUGAUGCAUCUUCAGGCAGCCUUCUUGGGAUUUCUUGCAAGGGUAUGUUGUGUGGCUGAUGUGAAUGUUGGGUUUAUUGCUGACAAAAGUGGUAUUCCUGACAACUGCAGGGCGCUGUACUCUGAUAUAUGCCCUUGUCUCUUCCAUGUGAGGCUGUCAUCAGAGUGUGAAGCUGCUAUUGAAACGAUUCUAAGAGAUUUGAAGACGCACAAUCUCGAUAAGCCUUUCAUGAAAGAUGUUAUGUACAGAUAUCCGGAUGUGCAGAUUAACAGAUCCCCUUUCCACAACUUAGUCAUUGGACAGCAUUCAUCAUACCUCCCUCCGGAUGUAUUUCACGACUGCAACAUCGCGGUGUUGUUUCCUGAGCAUGGCGACGAGGAACGUUAUUUGACUGCUGUGUACAACAAAAGGCCUGGACAGGACUACAACCAAAUCAUUGAAACAUUGAAGCAUUUCCCAAGCUUUCUGUCAUCUGUAUCUGCUUCACCUGAAAGUAUUGUGUCUGAUGUUUCGCUUGUGUCAGAAGAAGAGGUACAAACGUUGUAUACUCCAGCUAAAGUCGGGCCCGGCCAAACAACAUCUGUCAUUGAAGAAUUUGAAAAGCAAUGCAGAAAAAGACCAUCAGCAAUUGCUUUGAAAUCCUCCAAGAAGUCCCUCUCAUAUCAAAAGUGUUUAGAUGAGGCAACGAAUCUUUCAAAGCUUUUUAACAACAAUUUGGAACAUAUGUUGAACCAACUGCAGCUCAUACCCAUUCAUCUACCAAAUUCCAUCAGCUAUGUCCUGUCUGUGUUAGCAACACUGAUGAGUGGCCUCUCCUUCUUGCCCCUACCAGUGGAUUUUCCAUCAGACCGCAUCAUGUUUACAUUGUCGGACUGCAAUGCUGGGGUAAUGUUAACAUCCAAGGAACUAUAUGACAGCAAAGAUUUUGAGCCUCUGAAAAAUGUUUCAACAGUGAUCUUCAGGACAACAAUUGCUGGAAUUCCGAUUCUGUUGAUCAGUUUGAAAAUAAAUGAAAACAGAGACAUUCUUACAGAGAAUAACAAUGAUUCCUUCUAUGAUGGGAAUGGCAAUGGGAACCUACCGAAACGUGCCACGCCGAUAGGGGACCUUUGCUAUGUCAUUUACACCUCUGGGUCCACGGGACAACCGAAAGGUGUUCUAGUGAAGGAGUCGAGUGUCAUCAACAUGGUCUUCGCUCAGAUCGACAAAUGGAACCUAGGACCCUAUGAUGUGACAGCUCAGUUUGCCUCUAUUGGCUUUGACGCAUCAAUAUCUGAAAUAUUCACAUCUCUUUUGUCAGGUGGGACACUUGCUGUGCUCAACAAGGACCAGCGACUUGGACAUGAAUUGGUGAACACUGUGACUAUGCUUGGAAUAACAACCAUCACCCUCCCACCUUCUGUUCUGAACAUAUACUCACCAUCAGAUCUGCCAACUCUCCGAAAUAUCAUUGCAGCUGGAGAGGUUUGCACACUCAGUAUAGCCAUGAAGUGGACAAAGCAAACUGGAACUCGGUUCUUCAAUGCCUAUGGCCCAACAGAGACAACGGUUUGUGCUACCAUCUAUGAAUUUCAUUCAAAGAACCACUUCGAAGAGGUCAACCAGGACUUGCCGAUCGGUCUUUCGAUAUCUGGAUGCCACGUAUAUCUGUUUGACGACUUUGUCAAACCGGUUCCUCCAGGAACUGUAGGUCAGAUGUAUAUUGGCGGCCAAGGUGUAUCUCGGGGAUAUAUGGGUCACGCAGCAGACAGAAACCCAGAAUCUUUUAUACAGAAUCCUCUCACCAAUACGCCAGAUGUACUGUACAAGACUGGAGACCAUGCGUUCCAGGACAGCGAUGGCAACAUCACAUUUGUCGGUAGGCUGGAUGGUGAAGUCAAGAUCAGGGGACAGAGGAUUUCACUGAGUGAGAUUGAGCAGGUAUUGAUACAACACAUCAUGGUCCAAGUUGCUGUAGUUGUUCUUCAUAGAUGCUCCAUAACGAAGGAAACAGUAUUGUCUGCAUUUAUUGCACCUGAUUUCGUGUUCAUCUCUGAAUUGAGGGAAUAUCUUGCAAGGGUGCUGCCAAAGUACAUGAUCCCUGCCUAUAUCAAGAAACUCAAAAACCAAGAAUUUCCAACCACACUGAAUGGGAAAAUUGACAGAAAAACUCUGUCAAUGGAUGAGAGUGUACACGAUCAGUGCAGACACAUUGGAUAUAGCCAUUUGAAUGAGGUACAGCUUCAAAUUGCCAGAUUGUGGUGCAAGGUUCUAAAUUUGGAUGCUUCCUUUACCUAUUCCAUGCAUAGGAUGAGCUCGUUCAGUGAGAUGGGUGGAAACUCCCUUCAUCUAGUCCUGCUACAGAGAGCAAUUGAAGAAGGGUUCAACAUUUCCCUCUCAUUUACUGACAUUGGUGCGGCUGAUACUGUUGAGGUACUUGCCGAAAUCAUCACCAGGAAAAGAGACAUUGCUAAAACUAAUCAUAACAUGCCCAGGAGACAGUCAAUCCAGUUAAACACCUACAUCCUGUCGGAUUCAGAUCUAGAAGUAGAUGCCAGUGCAAAUACAGUCUUCGGGGUGAAAUUAGGCCUGAAUUGUUCGCCCCCAUUUCAUGGGAAGAAGAGUCCCAUGACAAUCCUGAUAUCCGGAGUCACAGGAUUCCUGGGAGCAUUUCUUCUGAGUGAGCUCCUAGAACACACUGUGGGCAAUGUAUGCUGCAUGGUCAGAGAAACCACAGAAGUCAAGGGACUCGGCAGAGUGGUUGAAAACAUGCGAAAAUACAACCUAUGGAAGUUUGAUUAUGGAAACAGAAUCGCCAUCGUUCUGUCUGACCUAAGGCAGGAGAAACUUGGAAUCGCUCCAGACAUCUACAGCAGUCUGACAAAUGAUGUUGAUGCUAUCUUCAUCAAUGCUGCUAUGAUGAACUUCAACGGAAGCUAUGAAGAUCACCGAAUCGCAAAUGUUGUCAGUACAAAGGAGUUUAUAAAGUUUGCUGUCACUAACAAAAGGAAAUAUCUCUUCAUGACAUCCUCUCUCAGCGUGUUUCUGUUCCCAACGCCCGGUAAAAGUGAGCGAGAUCAGUCUGUGAUAUUUGAGUGUGACUUUUUCGAUGAACCAAUCAACGUAGAAGGUGGCUAUGGUCAGAGUAAAUGGGCAAGUGAAAGACUGGUGUUGCAAGCACUAGAAUUGCUACCAGGUGGCGCCAUUUUCCGACCGGCUCGGAUAUCAGGUACUUCCACUGAUGGUGUUGGCUCACGGAAUGAUCUCUUUGCCUCCACCUUGCUAGGGAUGCGGAAACUGGGCAGUCAUCCUGAUAUGGACUUCCCCUAUGACCUGACUCCUGUGGAUUUCUGUGCAAGAGCCAUUGUGGAAAUUGCCUGUAUGAUCAGAAUCGGAAAAGGGAAAGGUCUCCGGGUGUUCCAUCUGUUCAAUAAAGACACUAUUCCGUUCAGGGAACUGUUCCAAGGAAUGGGGCUUGCCUCAUUGCCCCUUGACAGAUGGCGAGAAGAUCUUCGCGGUGCUCCUGAAGACAACACCGAACUGCUCCCUCUGACGCCGUUCUUCAUGUCGGCCUUCUGGGAUCGCGCCCGACACUGGCCAGUGUUUGACACAACUAACACAGAGCUGCUGAUCAGUGAGUCCACCAGACAGCUGCUGAGGCCAACCAGAGACCUUCUCAAGAAAUAUCUGCAAUUCUUUAACAUUGAAAAGAGUGUAUGAACCGGGUGAUCGAAACACAGCUACGCCAUACCUAAGGGUCACAUUGUUGGACAUAUUAUUUUCAUCUGUUUCAGGUGUGACUGUUUAA